GCCCGCGAGAGGCCACUCCAGCGCCCGCUGUCUGUGCGGACGGUGGGAGCGCGGAAACGGGCGCCCGAGCCAUGGCUCUCUGGGCAGGGUCCAAGCUCUCAGUGCUGAACCCGCUGCACGCCGUGUGGUUCACGGUGGCCGCCGCCUUCCUGGUGAGCCUGAUGUUGCAGCUCCUGCCGCCUGGCUUGCUCCCCAGCAGCGCCCUCUUCCAGGACCUGAUCCGCUAUGGGAAAACCAAGCAGGAGGCCGCACUGCGCCCGGCCAUCUGCCGGAUCUUUGAUGUUCCCAAGAGGUAUUUUUCUCACUUCUAUGUCAUCUCAGUGCUGUGGAAUGGCUUCCUGCUUUGGUGCCUUACUCAAUCUCUGUUCCUGGGAGCACCUUUUCCAAGCUGGCUUCAUACUUUACUCAGAAUUCUUGGGGCUGUGCAGUUCCGAGGGGAUGAGUUGGCGCUGUCUGCAUUCUUAGUAUUAGUGUUUGUGUGGCUACACAGCUUGAGAAGACUCUUCGAGUGCGUCUACGUCAGUGUCUUCUCCAAUGCCAUGAUUCACGUCGUGUCCUACUGUUUUGGACUCGUCUACUAUAUUCUUGUCGGCAUAACUGUGCUGAGCCAAGUGCCAAUGGACGGCAGGCAUGUCUAUGUGAGAGGGAAAAAUCUCUUUAUGCAAGCCCGAUGGUUCCAUAUCCUCGGAAUGAUGAUGUUCAUCUGGUCAUCUGUCCAUCAGUAUAAGUGCCACGUCAUUCUCAGCAAUCUCAGGAAAAACAAAGCAGGAGUGGUCAUUCAUUGUAAGCACCAAAUCCCUUUUGGAGACUGGUUUGAAUAUGUUUCUUCUCCUAACUACUUAGCAGAGCUGAUGAUCUACAUUUCCCUGGCCGUCACCUUUGGAUUCCACAACUUCACUUGGUGGCUAGUGGUGAUAUAUGUUUUCUUCUGCCAGGCUCUGUCUGCUCUCCUCAACCACAGAUUUUACAAAAGCAAGUUUGUCUCCUACCCAAAGCACAGGAAAGCUUUCCUACCAUUUCUGUUUUAAGAUAACCUCUGUCAUGAAGAAUGCAAGCCAAGUGACAGGUUCAGUUCAUAAGGAUGAUGAAGUCUAGAGACCAAAGUGAAGUUUCUGCAGAACUGUUUGAAACUCUCUGUGCCAUUUUCAUACCCAAGUCUUCACUGAAUGCGCAAAGCAGUACCCCUCCCGAAAAGGAAUCUUCAAAGAACUAUUUCUGGCAGACCUGGGAGUGCUCUGCUUGUUUUCUGAGAUGCUUUAUAAAACCAACCAACUACUAGAAAGUUGAAGAGACCUCUCCAAGCAGCUUCAAAAGAAAACUAACCAAGAGUAUGCAAACAGCUUCAAAUAUACACAUAUAUACACAAAGGAAGAGAUAAGAUCAUCUGUGGCUUUGUUUUUGUUAGGGACAAAAUAACUGCACUACAUAAUAAGCAAUAUAGUAGGUGCUCAGUAACUGUUGCAUUUCAAUACAAGCAGAAUAGCCUUUGAAAAUAACAAUAUAUAAUUUCAUAGCACAGGAUUCAGGGAGUAAUGAGUGUUGGAGUUAAGUUUAUACUUUCACCAUAAAGAUGUCCACUUAUGUAACCAUCAACUGUCAUUUCCACUCAUCUCUCCCUCAAAUCAUAGCCCAACUGAAAGUUUGAAACCUUUUUUAUUUAAUACUUUUUUUAACAUCGCUUUCAAGGGAAUACCGUAAAGUGAAAGCAUCUGAACAUAAAGUAUUUUUAUAUUCAUGCAUAAAAAGCCUUCAUGAACAGAACUGACUGACACUCGGGAUUAGAUAGUGCUGUAGUCUCAUUUAUAUGUAGUUAUUCAAAUUGGAUCAAUGUCUGCCUGAGUUUAUUUUAACUACUAGAAUGAAUCUGAAGCUAUUUAGGAAUAACAUUUACACUUAAAAUAGCUUACGUUAAA